CCGUCUCACUAUCGUGAGCUGAGCCCCGUACCCUCGCCGGGCUAUCGAUCCCUGCUUUGCCAGCGCUCUUAAUACGAAACAGCCGAUCCCCCUCCUGCGUCAGAGUCCUGCCCUGCCUCUAUAAAAGCAGCUGCAGCAGCAGCACAGGCAGCAAUCUGCGCUUUCGCAGGGCUAGAGGAAACCGGACGCCAUGAAUCCCCUUGACCACGACGCGUACUUCACCUCCUCCUACAAGCGCCGCUAUGGCGACUCUGGCCCCUGGGGGUCGCAGAGGAGCUCGGCCGUGUACGGCUCGCGGUCCGCAGGCCUGUUCUCCUCCCAGGCCGGGGGGUCCCGGCUGGUCAGCCGCGGCUACGCCUCCUCCCUGGCCUCCUCGGUGGAGGCCGACCUGAGCCGGGCGGCGCAGGUGAGCUCCGACUUCAAGGCGGUGCGCACCCAGGAGAAGGCCCAGCUGCAGGAGCUGAACGACCGCUUCGCCGGCUUCAUCGAGCGCGUGCGUGAGCUGGAGCAGCAGAACCGGGCUCUGGAGGCCGAGCUCCUCCUGCUGCGGCAGCGGGGAGGCGAGCCCUCGCGCCUCCGGGCGCUGUACGAGCAGGAGGCGCGCCAGCUCCGGGCGGCGGUGGAGGAGGCGCGCGGGGAGAGGCAGGCCGCACUGGGCCAGCGGGACCGGCUGGAGGAGGCCCUCCGCGGCCUGCAGUCCCGCUAUGAGGCGGAGGCGAUGGGCCGGGAGGGCGCCGAGGGGAGGCUGGCGGAGGCGCGGAAGGAGGCGGACGAGGUGGCGUUGGGCCGGGCGGAGGCGGAGAAGCGGGCCGACGCGCUGCUGGACGAGCUAGCCUUCCUGAAGCGGCUCCACGACGGGGAGAUCUCCGAGCUGCAGGCCCAGGCGCGCUACAGCGCCCAGGUGUCCGUGGAAACCGAGGCGGCCAAGCCCGACCUCUCCAGCGCCCUGCGGGACAUCCGGGCGCAGUACGAGCGGCUGGCCGCUGCCAACCUGCAGUCGGCCGAGGACUGGUUCCGCAGCAAGGUGGGCGUGCUGACGGAAAGCCACGCGCACCACACCGACGCCGUGCGCUGCUCCCGCGACCAGGCCGGGGAGUACCGCCGGCAGCUGCAGGCCUGCGCGCUGGAGACGGACGCCUGCAGGGGCCUCAUCCAGGCCCUGGAGAAGCAGCUGCAGGAGGUGGAGGACAAGCAGAGUGCCGAGGUCGCCGCUCUGCAGGACACGAUUGGCGAGCUGGAGAGUGAGCUGAGGGCCACUAAGUCUGAAAUGGCUCGCUAUCUGAAAGAGUACCAGGACCUCCUCAACGUCAAGAUGGCCUUGGACAUUGAAAUCGCUGCUUACAGGAAGCUGCUGGAAGGGGAGGAGACCCGUUUCAACGUGGGCAUGGCAGGGGGCGUGUCCAGCGUCCACUCGCACAGCGUGUCUGCAGCGCCCUGCUUCAGCCGCUCUGCGUUCUCUAGCCUGGGCUCUGGCGCCCCCUACCUCCUGAGCUCACGACUGCUCACCUCCUCCUUCUGUGCCGAGGAGGUCAUCUCAGCCAGCCAAGCGCAGCAGGCCGAGGCCAGCCAGCAGGAGGAGGAGGAGGAGGAGGAGGAAGAGGAGAAGAAGGAGGAAGAGGAGACGCAGGAAGAGGAGGAAGGAGGUCAGGAAGAAGCUGAAGAAGGAGAAAAGGAGGGUGAGGCAGAGGGGGAUAAAGACGGAGGAGAAGAGGAGGGAGAGGGAGAAAAAGAAGCAGAGGCAGAGGUGGAGGAGGAGGAGGGAGAUAAGGAGGGAGGAGAGGAGGACGGGGGAAAAGAAGCGGCAGAUGAAGAAGAUGGCACUAAAGAUGAGGGAGGAGAAGAGGCAGCUGAAAAAGAGGGGGAGGAAGAAGCAGGAGAGGACAAGGUAGAGAAGAAAGGAGGAGAUGGAGAAGAGGAGGAAGGAAAGGAGGAGGGGGGAAGCGGCGAAGCAGCCACCGAAGGAGAAGAGAAGGGAAAGGAAAAAGAGGUGGAACAGCCAAAGGGAAAGCCAGAAGAAAAGAAGAAAGAGGACGUGAAAGAACAACCAAAGGAGAAAAAGAAGGAGUAGGCCUAGGAUUUCCCCUGCGUGAGCCGGCAACCCAGCAUAACAUCCCUCCGAUAAGGCAAACCGACAAGAUAAAAACCACACCUGUUAAAUGCCGAGGUGCAUUCCUCAAAAACGGCACAGUCAUGUAUCAAAAUGCAACUGCAACAUGUAACUGCUUGCAAAGAUCCUCAACUGCUGCAAAGUGCUAGAAGCGAGAUGUAGAUAUAUGUGCAUGGUCUGUGUGCUUGUGUGUGUGUGUGUGUGUGUGUGUGUGAGAGAGAGCUAGUGCUUGACCAAACUUCCUGUUCAACAGAUACAUGUCAGAGUUAGUUUCUUAGCAUAUAUUCAGACAAGGAUGCGUCUGAAAUGCAAAUGCACAAACCUCACCUCUGCUCCACUCUUUCAGAUUAAAAUAUAAACUUGCUCAUCCAA